AAAUUAACUUAUAAAAUCAAAUAUUCGUCCCAAAUAGACAGUGGGGAAACAGGGGCCGGCUCUUGAAAAUAGGAAACAUUUUACUUUCGAUAGCCGAAUAUUUAGUUCACAGUAUUACAUUCGAUGACCGCGGAUAGAAACCUCCCACUGUCAAAGUGUGUUUAUUUUUCCCUGCUCUCGCGCAUCUUUUUGCAUCAACAUUGGCAUCGCCUGUAGUUGUAGAAAAAAGGUGAAUCUUCUGCUCUACAAAUAUGCCGUGCGCUUAAGUACUAUCCAGCGAGGCUCAGGAGUAUAUCUGUUUAGUGUAAGCUAGUGUGUACCGCAAGGUAUUAGUCAUAGAUUCACAAUUGCUCGCCGUAAUCGCUCCAAAAUGUCUCCCUCGGAAACGUCGGCUUGUGAGGAUUUGAAAGCGUUUGAGAGAAGACUGACCGAAGUGAUAGCCUGCCUGCAGCCACCUACACUGCGAUGGAGGCUGCUGCUAGGCAUAACUGCGUUGGUCACUUUCGUCGGUGCAUUUUACUGGCUAACAGAUCCGCGGACUUCGAUUGUGCCGUUGAUGGAAUCGUUGCUGAAUCAUUCAAUUUUCACGAUAUCAACCAUCAUCCUAUUGAUCCUUUUCGUGUUUGGGAUUCACAAACUCGUUAUUGCCCCGCAAAUAAUAACAUCGCGCACAAGAAAUGUGCUGGCAGAGUUCAACAUGUCCUGCGACGAGACGGGCAAGCUGAUAGUUCGCCCCAGGCCCACGAAUAAUUCUCGAUACAUGGAUAUUAGUUAAAUUGGCAAUUGGCCUAGUGAGGCACCUUUUCAGCUUGCCACUCAGUGUAAAUAGAAGUCAAUUCAUACACGCUCAUUGCUUCCCAACCAACACAACAGACCAACGGUAUCGAGGGAUUUUUUCGGUUAGUUUAUUUAGUUUCCCGUAGCACGCAAUGUAAACCGUGUUAUGUACAUUUGCGCCUUUCUUUUGAAAAAUAAACAGAUUCAAUUGUGCAUA